CGAGCAAUGCAAUCAGAGGAGCGGCCUGAGGCUCCUGAGGCUCCCAGCGCGUCAUGGCGGGCGGCGUCCGUCAUCACCAUGGGCGCGGUGGGCUUGCUGUGCAAGGGUUUCUUGAGUCUGAACAAGAUAGAGACACAUGGCAUAGAGCGCUUCUUGCGUCUGUUGGAUGAUAGACAACACCCAAAGGAGAGAGAACGAGGACUAAUCACUGUAUCGAAUCAUAUUUCUGUAAUGGACGACCCUAUACUAUGGGGCAUUCUGCCCUUAAGCUAUAUGUUUGACCCAGACAAUCUGCGCUGGGGCCUGGCAAGCUACGACCUUUGUUUUACCAACAAAGGACUAUCCACGUUCUUCACCUUCGGCCAGACCCUACCGACCCACCGAAGCGCACACUCGCAAUUCGGCGGCCUCUUCCAACCGACCAUAGCGCAAGCCAUUCGUCUUCUAUCGCGCGGCCCCUUUUCCACCGCCAACGAUCCUCCAGAGAAGCCCGUCACUUCUCUAAAAAGCCCAGACCCCAUCGACCCUUUCAGUAGCGGUCACCUCACCUUCUCGACGAAUGGCGAAGACACGUUUUCGGCGCCCUCGCAAUACAUGAGCAGACGACAUGCUUGGGUACACAUCUUCCCAGAAGGCAUGAUACACCAAUCAGAGCAGAGGAUAAUGCGCUACUUCAAAUGGGGGGUGUCGCGUCUGGUGUUAGAAAGCGAACCUAUGCCUGAUGUUGUACCAAUCUUUAUUGAGGGUUUCGAUAACAUCAUGAACGAGGAGCGCACGUUCCCGCGCUUCAUUCCACGACCUUUCCAGAAUGUCAGAGUGACGUUUGGCGAGAAGUUGGAUACGGACGAGGUGUUCGGAGACUUGCGUGCCAGGUGGAAGCAGUUGUGCGCCAAGGAGGCACAGAAGAGUGGGGUGCUCGCCAUUGGCGACGUACCUGAGACGCUGAAGUAUUCAGACGAGGCUGUCAGGUUACGUAUCGAAUGCACAGAUCGCAUAAGGAAGGCCGUGCUGGACGUCAGGCGGCAGCGUGGCUACUCAGAUGAAGACCCCAAAAACAACCUUGCUAGCACAUGGUUCAGGGAGGGACCAGGCAGAGAAGGUCGUCACAAUGAUGGCAGCAUUACGAAGGAAGAAUAAAGCGUAGUGUAGUAUAUGAUUGUAUGUUUCGCAAAGCUCGAGCCUAUCGAGGCUGAGUCUAUCAAGAGACUCUGUCGUGUCAGAUUAGAUCAAGUUAAAACCGUCAGCGACCUCCUGGCCAGGCUGCAAAGCUCAACCACGACCGCAAAGCGGCGGGUUUCAUCGG